AUGGCUGGUCGCCCACGGUGGUCGGUGCCUGGGUCAUCCUGUUUGCCUGCACGUUCCUGUUGCCCCAUGGCCGGAAUCAAUUCCGUGCCUACAUGGCAUGAGUAUCGCGCCCUGGCCUCCACCCGGCGACAGUGCUGUGGUCGUGGCUACGAUGUUUUCCAUUUAGGUCUCCAUGGGCCCAGUGUGAUAAGCAUCGACAACCUCGUCUGCGGGCUGCCAGCACUGGUGCGCAGGCUUCUUUCCCAAGGCCGGAGACGGCCGCAGCUCGUCUUUGAGCCUUCGAGGCUGGCAUUUCCUGGUCUGGACUCCCAGGGAGUGCCGAGUGCUCUGCGCCGCGAUGUUGAGACCUGUCUCGCACCAGCUGUUCGCGACCACCAACUCUUGAACUUGUUUCAGCUUCCCGCAACGUCAGCUGCCUCGUUCAUUCGCUUACUGACAGAAGGGGAGACGAACUGGACUUCAAGCCAGAAGUUCCCGCACAUUGACUACGCCGCCAGCUUCGCUGCUACCAUGGGUCUCAAUGAUUUUCGGGGAACGAGUGUCGGAUUCUAUGCGGCGAGAUCACUUGGGGGCACCAUGCAACUUCGAAGUCUCCCCGAUAUGGCCAAGUACAAGCUGCUGUCCUUGGCUCAAUAUGCAUCUGAUGGAGGGCCUCUCGAAUCGCAUGCGCAACUCGUAUUCCAGCGAGAUGUGCUGCAGAAUCGGAUCAUCUUCUAUCCAGCCUGGGUCUUGCACAAGGCGAAUAUUCCGAAAACAGUGGCUCAGCAAUUGUCAUCCAACCCGCUGCAUGGCCGACUGACCCUCAACCUCUUUUACACCGCCGAUGCUGGGACGGACACACGCGUAGUGAAGUGUUCUUGCUUCUGUUGGUCAGCUUUGGAGGGCAAGCGACUCAACGUUGUCCUUCCGAUUCCCAUUCCGAGGACGACCAUCCAGUCCGGCUUGGUCAAGCUCCCUCCCAGGAGCCCUCGGAUGCAGAGUUGCGAGCGCACCUCAAGGAAAAGACCUGAUGUAUCCUGA